GGAAGCUGGUCAACUCAAACUCGCGAGUCCGCCCACCGAGCAAGAGCGACGGAGCGAGAGGACGACGAGCGUGAAAUGUUUACAUUAGAGUGGUGACCACCUCGUUGGUCGACGCGAGCCACGAUCAAGCCAGCAGGACGAAGGUCUGACAGAUGCGGCCGGCCCCCGCGAAACGGCCUCCGGAGGCGAGAUAGCGGCCCCCGACCCCCGCCGAUGAGCGGCCGCCGACGCACUUGACAAAAUGCAGGCCAAGAAACGCUACCUGCUGGUGCUGCUGUCGUGCGCCUUUCUCGCCUACUGUUACUUCGGCGGAUACCGCCUCAAGUCGGGGGCAGAGCCGCCCCCGCAGGCCCCCGACGCCCCCGCCCAGCCCUCGUUCCUCGCCGAGGACGUCGCCCUGAACGCCGACCGCGACCUCGCCUUCUCCCCCAGCGUUCGAAGGCAGAGCCAUGGUCGCGUGCAGGAAAACCCGCUGCGCCAGUGCCGCAUGGAGACGUGCUUUGACGUGUCUCGGUGCCGCGGCGGUGAGCUCAAGGUGUACGUGUACCCGACGGACGCGGCGCCCGAACCUAGUCCGACAUAUCGCAAAAUACUUAACGUAAUCCUCGAGUCGCGCUACUACACGCCCGACCCGCAGCAGGCGUGCCUCUUCGUGCUCGCCCUCGACACCCUGGACAGGGACAGCCUGUCCGGCGACUAUGUGCGCAGCAUGCAGUCACGCGUCCAGCACCUCGAGCACUGGAACGACGGUCGCAACCACCUCAUCUUCAACCUCUACGCCGGCACGUGGCCAGAAUACGACAUGAACGACCUCGGAUUCGACAUCGGUUACGCGAUGUUGGCGAGAGCGAGUGCGCCGGUGUCGAUCCUGCGCCCAGGCUUUGACAUCUCGAUUCCACUUUUCCACCGCAACCACCUGGAAAAGGGUGGCGAGCCGGGUCUGGUCAACGCGGUCAACUUCCCCGGCACCAAGAAGUACUUGCUGGCCUUUAAGGGCAAACGCUACGUGCACGGCAUCGGCUCGGAGACACGCAACUCGCUGUACCACUUGCACAACAGCCGCGACGUCAUCCUGGUGACCACUUGCAAGCACGGUCGCAGCUGGAGGGACCUGCAGGACGAGCGAUGUGAUGAGGACAACGCUGAGUACGAUAGGUACGACUAUGAAGUGCUCUUGCAGAAUUCCACGUUUUGCCUUGUGCCUCGAGGUCGUCGACUUGGCUCUUUUAGAUUUUUAGAGGCCUUGCAAGCAGGCUGCAUUCCGGUGCUGCUCGCCAAUGGCUGGGUGCUGCCGUUCGAUUCUGUCAUCGACUGGUCCCUGGCCGCCGUUUGGGCCGACGAAAGACUGUUGCUGCAGGUGCCAGAUUCAAUCCGUUCAAUAGAGGUUGCCAAGCUGAUCUCUCUGAGACAGUGGACGCAGAUCCUGUGGGAGAGGUACUUCUCAUCAAUCGAAAAAAUCGUGCAUACGACCCUCGAGAUUGUGUUUGACCGAGUGUCCCAGGAGAUCGCGGGCUCAAGGAGCGGGCUUAUCUGGAACUCGGCGCCCGGUGCUCUUUUCUCACUGCCUCAGUUCUCGGACACGUGGUCGCAGUACCCCUUCUACACAGAAGCUUUAGGCUCUGAAGUCGGCCCCAACUUCACUGCGGUGAUCUACUCGCAUCCUGCCACUACUAACAUUUCACCAAAUGCUAACACGCCACUAAUAAGACUGCUAAAAAGCCUUGGGAAGUCUCUUCAUUUAUCCAGGGUGAUAGUCCUGUGGUCAGUAGAGCGGCCACCCCCGCCAAGAUCGCAUUGGCCCAUCCUUCCUGUUCCUCUGACAAUUUUGCACAACACUGCGGGCAUUUCGGCCCGUUUCCGGCCGCAGCCGCUCAUUGAAACGGCCGCAGUACUUUCCUUGGAUGACGAUUCUCUCUUGUCGACCGAUGAGAUCGACUUCGCCUACAACGUUUGGAGAUCGUUUCCAGACAGAAUAGUUGGAUACCCCGCCAGGUCACAUUUUUGGGACGACGCUAAGGCCACUUGGGGCUACACUUCGAAGUGGACGAACGAUUAUUCUUUAGUGUUGACCGGUGCUGCUUUUUAUCAUCACUACUAUCACCACCUGUACACGUACGGCCUAGGGCCGCUUCUUCAUAAAACAGUCGAGCAAAGUCAGAAUUGCGAGGAUAUUCUGAUGAACUUUUUAGUCAGCCAUGUGACCAGGAGGCCGCCCAUAAAGGUGACUCAGCGCAAGGUCUACAAGGAGAACCCUGCUAGUGGCUCCAGAUCGCCGUGGAACGAUCCUGACCACUUCGUGCAGCGGCAGACCUGCCUGAAUACAUUUGCAGCCGUCUUCGGUUACAUGCCACUGUUACGUUCCAAUAUGAGACUUGACCCUGUCCUUUUCAAAGACUCAGUUUCUAAUAUGCGCAAAAAGUACCGCCAGAUCGAACUUGUUAUGAGCUAGCACUGCGCUGCCAUUUGUUGAUAAUGCCAUAUUACAUUAAUUUUUAGUGAGUAAUCGCCACACAUGAAUUGUUGAUUUCUUUCUUUGUGCCCUAAAUCAAACUAGAAAGACUACUAUUUUUUGUACAAGCCCUGAAAACUGUUUGAACAGAACAAAAUGUAUCGCACUUUCCAUUUUUACUUGUCCUGUUGUUAUCAUGUGUUAGUGCACUGUGAUUUUUAUAUUUUUAAUUUUCUUCAACGUGUAAUGGAGCUAUCUUUCUUACUGCCCGUCGUCUUGAAUUUAAGUGCAACAAACGAGUUUUUACUACACUGAACACAAGUGAGACACUUGUAAUGAUAGUGCCCCCACACUUGCAUGUAUUUACUCUUCUCUCAUCGCCUCAAAAUGCGCAUUCACAUACUUCCAUACGAGAAACAAACCAUAUCUUAUGCUUCAUGUAAUCACACACCACCUUGUAACUGUUUAUCGACUUUUAAGUUGUUUCUUUUGGUACUGCCUAAUAAUGGUAAUGAUGACGAUAACAAUAAACUAAUUUGUUUAAAUAAAAUUGUAAAAUUGAA